CUCGCCUACAACGAUUUACAACAGGCGGCGCCCCUCCCUGAAUGACGAAGCAGUCGCUGGGUUGGAGGGUAUAGACUGCGGCCGAAGUGCCGUUUCUGAGCUGUGUGAUAGUAACCAGUGCGUUGUUUGGAGUUAGCGUAGUCCGUUCGCCAAAAGCUACAACGAAAAUGCCCGAUGCAAAAUCAGCUGUUGCCGCAAGCAGGGAGCACGCUCUAGCCGUCACAAGAGAUUACAUUUCUCAGCCACGGUUGGUCUACAAGACCGUCUGUGGUGUCAACGGCCCCUUGGUCAUUUUGGAUGAAGUCAAGUUCCCAAAAUAUGCUGAAAUUGUUCAAUUGGUCCUUGCUGAUGGUAGUGCCCGCACUGGACAGGUGCUGGAGGUCAGCGGGUCAAAAGCUGUUGUACAGGUGUUUGAAGGCACAUCCGGUAUUGAUGCCAAAAACACUGUCUGCGAAUUCACUGGAGACAUUUUACGAAUCCCAGUGUCUGAGGACAUGCUUGGCAGGGUAUUCAAUGGCUCCGGCAAACCUAUCGACAAAGGUCCUCCAGUGUUGGCUGAAGACUUCCUCGAUAUCCAGGGCCAGCCUAUCAACCCAUGGUCUCGUAUCUAUCCGGAGGAAAUGAUUCAAACUGGGAUCUCUGCCAUUGAUGUCAUGAACAGUAUUGCCCGUGGCCAGAAAAUUCCAAUCUUCUCUGCAGCUGGUCUUCCUCACAAUGAUAUUGCUGCCCAGAUCUGUCGUCAAGGUGGCCUUGUGAAGGUUCCUGGGAAAAGUGUCCUCGAUUCUUCAGAAGACAACUUUGCCAUUGUUUUCGCUGCGAUGGGUGUGAACAUGGAAACUGCAAGAUUUUUCAAGCUGGACUUUGAAGAAAAUGGCUCCAUGGAGAAUGUGUGUCUGUUCCUGAACCUUGCAAAUGACCCAACUAUUGAGAGGAUCAUCACACCACGUCUUGCCCUGACUACUGCCGAGUUUCUGGCCUACCAGUGUGAGAAGCACGUGCUGGUUAUCCUCACAGACAUGUCUUCAUAUGCAGAAGCUUUGCGAGAGGUAUCUGCUGCCCGAGAAGAAGUCCCUGGUCGACGUGGCUUUCCAGGUUACAUGUACACUGACUUGGCCACAAUAUAUGAGCGGGCUGGACGUGUAGAGGGGCGCCAUGGCUCCAUCACACAGAUUCCCAUCUUAACAAUGCCCAACGACGACAUCACUCACCCCAUACCCGACUUGACAGGCUACAUCACAGAGGGUCAAGUGUACGUUGAUCGGCAGUUACACAACCGGCAGAUCUAUCCACCCAUCAAUGUGUUGCCAUCACUGUCUCGACUUAUGAAAUCUGCCAUCGGAGAAGGCAUGACGAGGAAGGACCAUGCUGAUGUCUCUAACCAAUUGUAUGCCUGCUAUGCCAUUGGGAAAGAUGUACAAGCAAUGAAGGCCGUUGUUGGAGAGGAAGCUCUGAGCGCCGAGGACUUGCUGUAUCUGGAGUUCCUUACGAAAUUCGAAAAGAACUUUAUCUCCCAAGGAAGCUACGAAAACAGAACAAUCUUUGAGUCUCUGGACAUUGGAUGGCAGUUGCUGCGCAUAUUCCCCAAGGAGAUGCUGAAGCGAAUUCCCCAGUCACUGCUGCAGGAAUUUUACCCGCGUGAUGGAAGACAAGGCACCGAUUCCAAGUAGUCAAGUUGGCUGCACUCUCCAGUCAUCUGGGGCCGGCCCAGUCUUCACCUUGCAUUCCAGAUCUGGAAAUCAGUGUAUUCCUCUCUCCCCCACCUUCACUCUGGCACAGCAGCUUUGCUGGUCAGGACCCUGUAAUGUAGUGAAUGUGUAUACUUGUACACUUGUUUCAUUCAGCUGUUGUAAGAUGGUGCUCAUGUCAGUUAUUAUGUAGAUGUUAAGUGCUGAGCAGCAGUGUGUUGCAGAAUGCUUGGUGUAAAAGCUAGCAGGCGUAGCAAUAACUUUCGUUUUCUUUGUCCAUCAUAGGCUGCAUCUUAGUGUCGUGAUCACUGCCACCAGCAGCAUUUUGCUUGUUGUGUUGCACACAGAGAACAAGAGUCACUCGAUGCACAGUGGCUUUCAAUAGUCAAGGAGGCUGGCACCAGUGUUUUAUUUAAAUGUUUUCAGCUGAUGGUGAAUAAACAAGUUGAAAAGAC